CUUUUAGCAGCCGAGCCGUCGCUGCGGAGCGGGGACAGCCUGCACCGCGAUGGACGGCUUGAAAACUUGAAAGACGGAACUUCAGACGGAGCUUGAGCUGCGAGACCGCUCUUAAAUAAAGCAUUUCCGAGGCGAACGCGGCCGGUGGGGCGCUGAUUUGGAGCCUUUUGGAGCCGAUGUUGACUUGCACCAAAGGCUCCAGGUUUGUGUUGGCUGCGGGCACCGGGACACGCUGCGAUCUUCUGUGCUCAUACCGCCGGGAGGGCUGGGAGCUCGGGAUGGAGGUCAGGAGUGAGCAGAGCACGCUGCCUUGGGCUGGUUCCUCUUGGGAGCAUUGAGAAUAGGCUUAUCGAGGAAAGAAAGCUGCAUGGGUUGCGUGGUGACUGCUGGUGAAUCGAAUUGCCACAAGGACAAGCGUUGGUUUGAAUUUAUUUUCUGUGCGUUUAAAAAAGUUCUUAUUCCACUGCUUUCCACCUUGAGAAGUGAAGGCUGAGCAAGACUGUGUGAUGUCCUGCAGCUCCCCGUGUGUGGGCAAACAGGCUGUGCAGCAGGUGAGCCAAUUCUCGAUGCCUGGGCUGAGCAUUCCCCGAGGGAGCCGGGAGCAAACCUGGGAGGAUGCAAAGUGAGGAGAAAUGCAAAACUGAAACCGUUGGAGGCACAGUGCUGUUAACAGAGGAGUUGUGUCCAUCAUCUCCAGCAUGGAUCUGUAUGCUCAUGGUCUGCAGCACCAUGCAAGAUCCCAGCCCUCGCUCUGCGAGCCAGAGGUGAAUCCAUGGGAAGGCCAGCUAUUGUGGUAGCUGUCAGGAUGACCAAAGCACGGCUCCUCCGUCUCUCUGUGGUGCUGGUCUCCAUCUUCAUGAUCCUCCUGAUCAUCGUCUACUGGGACAACGUGGGAACAGCUCACUUCUACCUGCACACAUCCUUCUCCAGGCCUCAUUCCCCAGAGUCCAUCCCUGGUAUCACUGCAGGUGGGGACUGGGAAGCCUUGCCAGAGGUGGAUGAGUUUUUAGCAAAGCUGCUUAGUUCAAGCCUGAAACAGAACAGCUCUACUUCCCGAAAGACAGAGCAGCUGCUCGUCCAGGGCUCCAACAAGCCUGUGGUGAGCAAUUUGGAGGAGAACAUACGGGGCUAUGACUGGUCGACGCACAAUGCCAGAAACAGCUUGGACCAAGAGAAGCUGCAGAUAGAGAGGCAGAGAACGCUGCGGGAGUUUUGUUCCAAUUCCAGCUUUGCCUUCCCCACCAAGGAGCGCUCCUUUGAUGACAUCCCAAACUAUGAGCUCAACCAUCUGAUUGUGGAUGACCGCCACGGCAUCAUCUACUGCUACGUCCCCAAGGUUGCCUGCACCAACUGGAAACGGGUGAUGAUUGUGCUGAGUGAGAGCCUGCUGGACCAAGGAGUCCCAUACCGGAACCCCCUGGACAUCCCACGGGAGCACGUCCACAAUACCAGCACCCACUUGACUUUCAACAAAUUCUGGCGUCGAUACGGGAAAUUCUCCCGGCAUCUCAUGAAGAUCAAACUGAAGAAAUACACAAAGUUCCUCUUUGUGAGGGACCCUUUUGUCCGCCUCAUCUCUGCCUUUCGCAGCAAAUUUGAGCUGGAGAACGAGGAGUUCUACCGGCGUUUUGCCAUCCCCAUGCUAAAGCUGUACUCCAACCAUACCAACCUUCCCACCUCUGUUAGCGAGGCCUUCGGGGCCGGCCUCAAAGUCUCCUUUUCUGACUUCAUCCAGUACUUACUGGAUCCCAGGACAGAGAAGAUGGCCCCUUUCAACGAGCACUGGCGGCAGGUGUACCGGCUGUGCCACCCGUGCCAGAUAGACUAUGAUUUCAUCGGGAAGCUGGAGACUCUGGAUGAGGAUGCUGCUUAUCUCUUGCAGCUUCUCAAGGUGGACAGGCUGCUCCGCUUCCCCCCCAGCUACCGGAACAGGACUGCCAGCAGCUGGGAGGAUGACUGGUUUGCUAAAAUCCCCCUGGCUUGGAGGCAGCAGCUCUACAAGCUGUAUGAGGCAGACUUUGUGCUCUUUGGCUACCCCAAGCCAGAAAACUUGCUUAAAGACUAAAAGUGAUUGGGCUGCGGGUGGGGGAGGGAACAUCUGAAAUACCAAAAAUGUUUAAAGCCUCCUCAUUUUUUUUUUUUUGCUUUUACCUCCCUUUUCCAUAAAGGUUGGUACAAUGGAAUAUAUUUUUUCUACCGUUUCCCCUUCCGUUUUUGCAGUAAUGCCAAGUUCAGGAUAUUUCCAUCCAGCUGUGCAUAUGGAAAAAAAUGCCAGUAUUUUUAUCAUUGUUUUCUGGGUUUCCUUUUUUUUUUAAUGUCUCCAUGUUUUGCAGUGGGUCACUGCCCAUGGUCACUCUGCCAGCUGUGUCCUUCAGUAGCUUUUUAUUAAUACAUUUUUUAAAAUUAAUAUAUUUAAGAUAUUUAAUACAAAGUUUGUGUUGUGGCAAAGGAAAGGAAGGAAUAAAAAAAAAAAAAAAGAAGUGAAAGAAAAACCUAAAAAGUGCUGAUGCAUUUGCCUCUGUGUGUCAUCUCAAGGCUGUUUGUGAUGUUGCAGGGCACUUGAAUCUCUUCAGGGCUGGGAGCCCAGCAGAUGGGUCACUCAGUGCCCGAGCACCCGUGCUGCGGUGAGGCAUGCAGCUCACAGCCAGGAUCACAGGAGGGAAAUGGUUGAGGCCCACGGGGUGAUUCAGGAUGUGCAGAUGGCCAGCCCAGAGCCUCUGCUCUGCUUCCACUUCCAGCAGCGUGGUGGAGGAGCUGUGCUGUACAGAACACUGCAUUUGCUCAGCCUCUGCAUUGCUAGCAUUGGAGAAUCUUCUGUGAUAUGAUGUCUGCUGUGCUCAGCACAGGUAACUUGCAGCAAUGGGGAUAUAACACAACUCCCAGUGCUUUAGGGGAGUGUGGCAGGGUGUGGAUAUUUACCCCUGGGUGAAGAAAAGCUGAAAGAUUUCUUUCAGUUUGUGUGCAUCGAGGUGAUCUCUGAAUUCAUUUGUUUUCAGUUUGCCAGCUACUGCUUGCGAUGCUGUGCCCUCAUCUGCUUGUAGCAACAGACCAAAGCAGAUUUAGUCACCUGCCUUGCUGGGCCCUGCUGCAGCAGUGAUGGUGGCCCACUGUGCUCAGUGCCUGCAGGCUGCUUCCCAAAGGAUGCAGCUUUUGGAGACAGGCUUUGUGUCUCAUCAGCUGAAUCUGCAUCUCUCUGAAUUGCUCCGUGAUCAGGCAGAGAGCUGAAAUGCUUAAUUACUUUCCUGAGCUGUGAAAACGAUGGAAGUCCAAGCCUCAGGAAGCAGCUUUGUGUUCUGGGCAGCUGCCUUGGGGCUGGCCUCCUUGUUCUGCUCAGAGACCAGCAGGAGGUGUGAUGUUCCCCCUCCGUCUUCUCGCUUUUCCGACCUCUGUACACGUGUGUUGUCUCAGCAUUGUGUGCUCCUCCUGGUGAAUGUGCUGCACCAAGCUUUUUAAUCUUUAAGUGAAAGGUAAUAGCUAGUAGUUAUGCUAGGAGCAAAGAAUUUUAUUCACAGCACCCUCCUGUAAUUUCUGCAGAGAUAUUUGCAGUUUAAAUGAGCCUGAAGCCAUGAUCUGAUUUUUAGUGCUUAGAUCUUCACAGCUUGGGGAAAAAGGAAGUGCUUGUUUAUGAGUCAUUAUUUAAAACUAAUAAUAGAAAAGUGUUGAUCUCUUCAAUUUAUUUUUUCAAUUACAAGCUAAUUGCUGCAAAACAGAAAGAUGUUGAGACUCUCAUCUGCUGUAAUGAGUAAUCCUGGGAGGCUGUCGGUUCCUGCAAUAUUUACAUUUCUUCAGGGUGGCUUCAUCCUGCUCUUCAAAGUUACAGCGUGGAUGUUUUCGGCUGUUGUCUUUACAACGUGUUUGUUUUUUGUGUUGUUUUUUUUUCCUCUUCUAAUUUCCAUUUAAUUGAUGUUUAGUAUUUGCAGACAUGGGCAGCUGGGGACGCGGCGCAGAUGUGCUGAUGAGCACCGCAUUGCCCGAGCUGUGCAAACUUCCUCCCAGCUGCUUCCACUGCACCUCUUGACCAAAUCCUGCCCCUCCGAGCUGUGCUCAUUUGCAGGGCCUCUGUGAUGCUCAUCCUGCAAACUGGCUGCAGCUGCAUCCUCACCUACACCACAUCAUGAGCCACGGCUGCAGCUUGUCCCAGGCAGAGCAUUUUUCAUGGCUUCACCCUCAGGAGAGCUCGAGUGGUAAAAGGGUGGUGGUGGGAGAGGGCUGGCACCCUGUCAAGCCCAGCCUGCGUUUGCUUUAAGCCAUUUCAAUGUCUGGAAGCCCAUACCCAGCCAAAGCCAUUCUCCUAAGUGCCUGCAGAGAAGAGCAGUGAGGCUCACAUGGAGAGGGCUUGCUCUGCUGCUGCUUCCCCAUAGCCUGCUCCUUGCUGCUUCUUCCUUUUGAAGCCUUCCUCCCCACCCUCCCACUGCUGUGAAUGUAUUGUGAAGGAGUCAAAGGCAACCCAGGCUGCUCUGAGCUUUGUGGUGAGGCCACUGGGGGGACUGGGACAGAGCCUCCAGCUUUAGGAAUGUGCAUUUAUAUUUUUUUUUUCUGUGGGUUUCUUGCACUGUUCUGAUGAUGUAAAAGAGUACGUAGGGGAGAGAGAAGGACAAAGGGUUUAAACCCCCCCUCAGUUUUCUGAAGGAGCUGGAAUUCAGUAUUUGUCAAUGGCAGAAUGACCGGCGAGGGCAGGCAGUGUGCAUGCUGGCCUGAAGUCAGAGCUAAAAAUUGUGAGUUUAGAUGGUUGUGAUGCUAGUGCUGAUUUUAUGAGAGGUAGAA